AUGGACGAAAGCUUUGUUUCUCGGAGAACUCGAGGCUUGAGUGAACCCAUUGCUAUCUUCCAUCUCACCACAAUGGUAGUGGGGUUGGCUAUUUUGGCAUUAGGUGCAUACACCAUAAACUCCUCUCUUGUCAGUUGCACAAUAUCACUAUCACUUUGCAUCAUUGGGUGCUUCAUCACCGUCGUUUCCUUUGUCGCCUAUUUCGGUACCUACAUGGAACACAUUGGAUUUCUCAAGACAUACAGUGCCACGAUCAUCCUAUUCUCAUCACUCGAAAUCAUUGCAUUUGGAAUUGUUUAUGCUCGAAGGAAGGAAUUGGAUGCAUACGGGAGUGCAUUGUGGGAUUUCUUUCAAGCAAAGGAUGAGCAGCUAUUGAUCAACAUUGAGGAAUCACUUCAUUGUUGUGGAUAUGCAAAUCCGGAAGACAGGCCGGUCUUGAUGAGCCUUGUUAACCAUGAUCCAAUAAUCACUGCCGCUGCUGGGUGCAAGGAUGUCAUUAUUGGUUCUAUUUUCCAUUGGAAGAAUUGGAUCAUUGUUGGCGUGGUGGUACUUGUGACAAUCAAGUUGUUGGCAUUGGUCAGCAGCAUCUUGCUGAUUAUCUUGAUUAAGAAGGAUACUGAUGAAGAGCGUAGCUAUCUUACAGUGCUAUCAGCGCAACGGGAUUCCAGUGCAUGGUAUCAUGGCAACAUAGGAUGGGGUAAGAACGGCACACCAAGCUUGUCAGGACAUAGCCCGAUAUUUGUACGCCAUCCUACUACUUUGCAUUCUUCACCAUCGACAUCAUCUGGUCGUUCCAACUACUUUUAUACCCCUCGCUCACCACAAUUCUGUCCUCAGCGUGUCCCAAGAUAUGGAAGUACUCAAUCAACAUUUUCAUUCAAAAGCGUCAACAACUAA